UCAGUAGAGCGGUACCAUGGCAGCCACUAAAGCCUCCAAAGAGCAGAAAUACGACCGACAGCUCAGACUAUGGGGUGACCAUGGCCAAGAAACCUUGGAGAAUGCACACGUUUGUCUCAUCAAUGCCACAGCAACUGGGACAGAGAUAAUGAAGAACCUCGUACUUCCAGGUAUUGGAGCUUUCACCAUAGUCGAUGGACACACAGUUUCUGGGGAAGAUGUAGGAAACAACUUUUUCCUCAGCAACAACAGCAUUGGAAAGAACAGAGCACAGGCUGCCACUGAGCUGCUACAAGAACUUAACAGCGACGUGUCUGGAAACUUUGUCGAGGAGAGUCCAGACAAGCUCAUGGACAACGAUCCAGAGUUUUUCCACAGGUUUACCAUAGUCAUUGGUGUCCAGUUGCCAGAAAGCACAUGUUUGAGACUAGGCUCAUCUCUGUGGAGUGCCUCAGUACCUUUCCUAGUUUGUAAAACAUACGGCCUCAUCGGCUACAUGCGGCUUGUGGUGCAAGAGCACACAGUGAUUGAAUCUCACCCAGACAACGCCCUAGAGGACCUGAGGUUAGACCAGCCCUUUGCUGAAUUUAAAAACCAUAUUCAGUCCUACGACCUUGACAGCAUGGACAAGAAGGAUCACAGUCACACGCCAUGGAUAAUCAUUGUUGCUAAAUACCUGGAGAAGUGGCUCAGUGAGCACAACGGUCAACCACCAAAAAAUUACAAGGAGAAAGAAGCCUUCAGACAGUUUAUUCGUGAAGGAAUCCUGAAGAAUGAGAAUGGUGUCCCUGAGGAUGAAGAAAACUUUGAGGAAGCUAUUAAGAAUGUCAAUACUGCUUUAAAUCCAACCAAGGUUCCCAGUGCUGUUGAAGACCUCUUCAAUAGUGAGCAGUGUAACAACAUCACAUCACAGACCACAUCUUUCUGGGUGAUGCUACGGGCUGUCAAGGAGUUUGUUCAUAAUGAAGGCAACGGCAGCCUACCUGUGCGGGGAAUCAUACCAGACAUGAUUGCUGACUCUCAGAAGUUUAUCAACCUUCAAAAUGUCUACAGGGAAAAGGCCAUGCAGGAUGCGACAGCUGUUUGUAAGCAUACAGAAUGCCUGUUGCAGUCUGUUGGAAAACCACCAGAAAGCAUCUCUGAAAAGGACAUCAAACUAUUCUGCAAGAAUGCAUCGUUUCUGAGGGUGGUGCGCUGUAGGUCUCUGGCUGAAGAAUACAGUGUGGAUUCAGUAAAUAAAGACGAAAUCACCUCAAGUAUGGACAAUCCAGAUGGUGAGAUGGUCUUCUACCUCAUGCUCCGUGCUGUCGAUCGCUUCUAUCAGCAGCACUCCCGCUACCCUGGAGUAUAUAACUACCAGGUAGAGGAGGAUAUCAGCAAACUGAAGCUCUGUGUGAACAGCCUUCUGCAGGAGUACAGCCUCAACGUCAACAUCAAAGACGAUUAUAUCCACGAGUUCUGUCGAUAUGGUGCCGCAGAACCGCACACAGUUGCCUCAUUUUUGGGAGGAUCAGCUGCUCAAGAGGCCAUCAAGAUCAUCAGUCACCAGUUUGUGCCCUUCAACAACACUUUCAUUUACAACGCAAUGUCACAGACCUCUGCGACCCUACAGUUGUGAAUACUGAUCCUGAAUUUGUUUUCAGAAAUAUCACAGGAAACAGAGCAAGAUUGAUAAGGCAUUUGCCACCUUGCUUUAAUCAAUCCAAACUGUAAAUGGCACAUGAGUUUUUUGGAAGAACGAAGAACAAUAUCUUUUUUUUUUCUAUUGUAAGAUUGAGAUUACUGCCUGAAUGUGCGCACUUAAACCUAAAAAUGUUUUGUCAUGGACAAGAUCAAAAGUCUGGACUCUUUAGAGUAAAUGUUCUGUCAACUAUUCUGAAAGGGGGAAGAAAUCAAGAUAGCACUCAUGGAGCAUACACUGAUUUUUUUUUUCUGGUUUAGCUGACAACGUAAAACAAAGCUGGAAAUGAAACUAGCAAAUGUAAAACUGUCAUGUAGUAUUGUCAUCUGUGAAACUCCACAUUUAUGGAUGAUAUAUUACAAUGUAGCAGCACUUUGUAUACUUUAGUCGCAGCUGUCUCUUAUUGUAUUGUGUCAAGAACAAGGUGGAAGAUUUUUGAUUUAAAAUUUAAAAAACAAGUGUGUUUAACUCCUGCAUUGCUAUAAAACAUUCA